AUGUUUGAAGUGUUGGAAGCUCCGCAGGAGAAGAAAGUCGCCCGCGGAGCCUCGGAUUUUGGCCAAUUAAAGACCCGCACCUGCCCACCUUCUUUCGGCAGGCGGUGGCCGCGCAACUCUUCCUCUGCUUGUCAUGAAUUCUGCAGAGCUCGCCCCGUUUCACGACCAGGUGACGGCCGCAUUGUUGCAGACUUCACGGAAUCGCUCGAUGACCAAAGCGACCGGAUUCUUUCCUUGACGACUGCCUUGCUCAAGGCUGCUACUGCUGGGACCGAUGUUGCUGCGCCUAUACUGGACACGGAAGAUUCGGUCGAGGACAAUUGGCGUGGUGUGGUGGAUGUGAUCGAUUCGCUUCUAGAGAAAGCCGAUGCUUGUUUGGACGAGUUUACGGGUGUGAUCAAGAAGUUGAGCCCCUCACAAGAAGAGCAGGCACCGGUAGUUAGGAAAACAUCUAGAUUUCCAACCACCUUCGACUACGGCCCAUCGAAAUUCCCCAAGCCGCAGUUGCUAUUCGAUCACAAGCCCGAUAAUUCAGACCUGGGCCCAUUCCGUCCUCUUCUCAAGAACAAACCUCAUGCCACUGUUUCACUCGAAAAAUCCUUGAAGCAACGACAAGUCGACGGGAAAACUGCCUACCCGCAUCCUUACGAGACCGAGAUCCGCAAUGCGCAGUACCCAAAGUCUGUUUACGAGACGUGUCCUCCGAUUGAUUAUCUGUCAUUUGAAGGCACGACCGCUACCUUUGUUGAUACUUUGGACGGUGUCAAGGAAAUGCUUAGAGAGCUGAAGCAGGCAAAUGAGAUUGCGAUUGAUUUGGAACACCAUGAUGUACACUCAUACCACGGUCUGGUGUCCUUGAUGCAAAUUAGCACACGGAACAAGGACUGGGUGGUUGAUACUCUAAAGCCGUGGAGGGAGGAGCUUCAGAUUCUCAACGAAGUUUUCGCGGACCCCAAGAUUCUGAAGGUGCUGCACGGAUCCACAAUGGAUAUCAUCUGGCUGCAACGUGAUUUGGGAUUGUAUGUGGUUGCCGAUAAGCGGUAUCAGAUGGCCGAUUGGCGUGUUCGUCCACUUCCGUCUGGCAUGUUCGAUUACGCGCGAUCCGACACCCACUAUCUCCUCUUCAUAUAUGAUUGUUUGCGAAACGCACUCAUUGAGGCGUCUACCCCUCAAGAAAGCCUCAUCGACUAUGUGCAAGACCGCUCAAAGAACGAGGCCUUACAGACAUACGAACGCCCCGUCUACGAUGCGGAGAAGGGCCAGGGUGCUGGGGGCUGGUACGAUCUGCUUUCGAGAAACCCAGGCGGAGCGCUUUCAAAAGAGCAAUUCGCGGUUUUCAAAGCCAUCCACCAGUGGCGCGACGAAGUAGCCCGUGUCGAGGAUGAAGGCUGGCAGUGCGUGUUCCCCAAGCAUAUGCUUUUCAAGCUUGCUCAAGCCAUGCCCCUUGACAUGGGGACUUUGUUGCGCACCCUUUCGCCCAUGACCCCUCUUACCAAGAGCCGGGCUGCCGAUCUGCUUGAUACUAUCAAGGAGGCUAAGGCCGCUGGGGCCACGGGUCCAGAAUGGCGUGAUAUCGCACCCCCGCCCAAGGCCCUUCGAACGGCCAUGGCUGUCGACAUGGAGGAUGUCGAUUUUCCUAUUGCUGAACGAUUCCAGACAUCUCAGUUCUGGGGCGACGUUCUGCAAGUCCAAGAGCCCUCUGCCCCUGCAUCAUACUCUGCUGUUGCAUCGUUAGAAGCUCUCCGACUCUCUCUCCCUCUGCCGCCAAUGCCUACUAUCGUCUCCCAAGCUCGUGAAAAGCUUGGUGUCUCGGCCAAUGCCCAACCCUCACCCGCUCCGAAGGCGGCUCCGACGCCUGCUCCGGUCCCCGAAGCGCCCAAGUACUUCACUGUGAAAGACCUCGGUGCUCCACGCAAGCGAAAGGUCGCUGCAGUUGCCACCCCUGACGUGGAACUGUCUAUGCCCGAUAGCUUGGCUGGACCAAGCGACGAACCGGAGUUGACGGAGAAGCAACACAAGAAACUACGCAAGGAGAAGAAGAAGGCUCAGAAGGCUGCUCAGUCUGCCUCUCAGUCCGAGGCUGACUCGACUCCCUUUGACUAUACCACUGCGGAUUCAAUUCUCAACUUGGCUUCCGCAGCUGCACCGAGCGUUCAGCAGAGAAAGAAGCCAUUCAACCCCUACGCCAAGGCCUUGGAGGCUCCUGCCGGCGCACGCAAGCAGCAGCGUAACGAUGCUGGAAAGUCUAUGACAUUCCGCAAGUAG